CCAUCCUGCAUUCGGCGUGUAGGGCACUUUUUUGUGUGUGUGUAGUGGCGUGAUACGCUGCUGCCUAUCUGAGACCUUCAUCGACAGUCGCCAUCGCCUUUGCCACUGGAGCUUCCUUCACCGCUGAUUAAGUUCUCAACUUUCUCAUUAUCAUUUGUGCUCGCGGCGAGGGCACCGACAAUGUGUUGGAAUCUGCCCGAUUGCCAGCAUCCUCCAUCACCAUCAACCUCGUAGAGAUCGCUUCAGAGCAAAACCCCAAGCAAUGUCGGUUGAAUUGCGGUCGAUAGCGCCGUUCGGUACGUUCGCUGCUGAAUAGGAUAGGGGAAAGGGUUCAGAAAUUGGAACCGUAAGGAGGCUAAAGGAUUGCAAUGCAGACUGCAAAAUGAGGGCAAAAAAUGGCCCUCGAAGAGAAAUAAAACGAAUGAGGAACGCUUGAUCAUCAAAUAUAGUCCCGUGACGGUGCUAGAUUCCUCAUGAGAUUCUCCACUACGAAUAGCUCUGCGGCGGUAAGCACUGGACGAUGGCACUCGACCGCCGCGAGCGUCAUGACUUUUUUAUGUUCAACGCGACCGAGGCGCCAGACUGGAAGGGGUGUCGAAAGCAUGACACGUUUCAGUGGUUUCCAUGCUGCUACACGGUGUGAUUAGUUUUUGCGUAGCCUAGAUUGACAUUGAUUUGUAUGGUGGGAACACAGUUGCUGGUGCAGUUAGGUGAAUGUUGAUAAGGACGGCUCUGGCUCACGGUGUCAACGAUAAGACCCGAAGCGAUGAUGAUUUAAUAUUGGUUCGUUUACAUAGAGUGUUUCCUUCGGCAGUUGUAAUGCUAUUUAGAAAAGAGAGUUGUUAAAGUUAUUACUGUUAGUUCAAUUACAAGCUGUGGUGAAUUAAAUAUCAUUAGCGUUGCUCAUUUUGAAUCAUUUGCAGACACACGUGUUUUCGUGCGAAUGCAAAGCAGUAUUAAAACAAAAUUGCACAAAAAAAAGGAAAAGCCAUAUAUUUUAUAUCAUUUUAAAAUUAAUGCAAGCAAACAAUCUGAUUUGAAUGCAUUACACGAGAUGGUAUUGGUGUUUUGAAAGCUUUGGCAUUUGCUGUUUUUUUUCUAUCGUGUUUAAAUUCCUAUGCUUUGAAGGAACCGUCGUUUCAAAGCAGCGCGCAUGCUUGAGCAAGAAAAUAAAAUCACCCAUAGUAUUUUUCAAGCAAACUGGUGUGUUAUUGACGUGGUGGUGUACAUUUGCGUUAGAAAAAUAAUGUUCUUGGAAAGUUAUUGAUAAUGAAAUUGUAAAUGUAUGUCGUAUUCAUCUCGUAAACAACCAUUUAUUAAAAAUUGGUUUAUUUGAAAUUUUAAUCAAUUCGAUAUUUUUAACCGUUCCUCCUGAAUUAACAAAAGAAAAGAAUAUUGCAGAAUAUUUAGCAACGGCUCAAUAUGAAUCCUGUUUUAGGUUGUGUGAUGCAAUGAUGCUUUAUUUCAAAACGUGUAAUACCCCUGAAAAAUAAUAAAAUAGUAUAAUACAUCUCACUGCUGCUUUAUUAUUUUACUAAUGCGUAAUGUGAUUUCAAUGACCACAUUUUAAAUGUUUCUGUGACCAAUGAUCAUGUACAAUAAUAUCGUUACCGAAAAUCAUAAAUGUUAAUUUGUUUACAACUGUUCGUAGAUAUUGGAGCUGUUAGUUCUAGAUUUUGGAUAGGAUCGAAACAAUUCCGGACCGAUUUCAGAAUGACAGCUCCAAUCCGGCAUGACCAUCACUAUCGUGUUGUUAUAGUGAAAAAAAUGUUUAUUGUAAAUUGGUGCUGCAGAUUGCCCGUAAAACAGUGAUUUUGGCAACAAUUGGCAUAAAAUUCGCCGUGCAACUCAAUAAUUACAUCUUAUCGAUGCGUUUGAAUGCGUGAAAAAGUGUGUGCCCAUAGGGAGGAAAUAAAUAUCAGCCUCGAAAGCGUCAUGUUGUGCGGAAAAGUGUAUUAUGUUGUCUAGCCGUCAUUCGCGUUGGCGAUGAAAAGUGUAUACAAAUUUGUGUACGGAGUAAGAGUAUUGAUUUUUCCCAUCCUCUCGUAAUAAUCUGUGCGAUGCCGGAUGAUGCCGUUCAGUGUAUCCGGUUCGCGAAAUGAGAAAAUCGAUGGUACCAUUUUGGGGCAACGGUGGAAGUGAUAAUGUUGCUAUAAAGCAUAGUGCAUCAUAAUAACGCUGUCGAAAAGAAUGCUGUGAAUGUUUCCAGUUGUGCGUGGGCGAAUUUAUGCGUGAAGGCGUUUGGGGCGAUUGCGUUCCGCAAACGGGUGUGUGUAGUGGUUUGCUGUGUUUGAUGCACAAGUUUUCCUCCUGCUGUUACGUUCUGUAGCUUGGCUGUAGCGAAAUCCGUGUAUGAGUGUGUGUGUGCGUGUUUGUGUGCGUAUGACGAUGACGAGCUCAACGUUCAACUGAAGCAUAAAAACAUGCAAAUUACAGUGCUGACCCUAUGCCGUUCGAUCUGAGCGAGUGGUUAGCGAGAUACAGUUUCGUGCAUUCUUUAAUCGGCUUAACUGAAAUUGCCCGAUUUUAUUGAAAUAUUCCGCACACGAAAUUGAUUUGGAUUUAGCACGAUAAUCGAAACGUUCUAUAGAGAUGACGCUUGCAAUUGAAGAUAUGUCAUUAGUUGAGACAAUGUCAGGCUGAUAUUGAAGCAUAAACUACAAUCAUCUGCAAUUAUUAUCCAACUUUCUUUCGAAGAGAGUAGGCAAAAAACGGCAAUCACGCCCGUAAAAGCUUCGCAAUAUUAGUCUACAUUGCAAUAUUCAAAAUUCUUGACAAACCGUCCCUUCAUCUAAACCGAAAAGAGAGAGAGAAAAAAGUGUACAGAAAUUCCUCGAUCGGAAAUGGGGCUGUUGGUGGUCAAUUCGACCGCGGCCUUACUGCUGGCAAUCAUUGCCACACUUUUCCUUCUGGCUGAGGUGCCGCAGAUUGUGGUAGCAUCACAUGGAAAUUUUUCGGAUUUUCCAUUCAUUUAUCUGACACAUCCCCCCGAGAUUAUUAAGAAGCCAGUCAACCAGGGCGUGCGUGUGGGCGGUGUGGCAACCUUUUUCUGUGCGGCUCGAGGCGACCCUCAACCAACGGUGAUAUGGCGCAAAAACAGCAAAAAGAUAAUGAUGACCCAGUCACGAUACACGGUGUACGACGCUAAUGGAGUUUCAAUGUUACGUAUCGAACCGGUGCGUGCUGGACGUGACGAUGCACCGUACGAAUGUGUGGCAGAGAAUGGCGUUGGCGAUGCAGUUUCGGCCGAGGCGACGCUGACCGUUUAUGAAGGAGACAAAACACCGGCCGGAUUCCCCGUCAUAAAACAAUUUCCCACGAUUCGUGUAAUUGAAACGGGCCAUACGGCUGUGAUGCAGUGCAAGGCGACUGGUUCACCUCCACCAAAGAUCUACUGGCUGAAAGACAUGAAGCGCGUUGAUAUGACUAAUCCACGCUACAGCAUCAACAGUGAAGGAAGCCUACAGAUUGACAACAGCGAGGAAAGUGACAUGGGCAAGUACGAGUGUGUGGCGGAAAACUCGAUCGGAACGGAGCACACAAAACCGACUCCACUGUACGUGAAGGUACGACGCGUACCGCCGACAUUCUCGCGCCCACCCGAGCCCGUGUACGAGGUUAUGCUCGGAGCAAAUCUGACCCUCACCUGCGUAGCUGUCGGGUCGCCGAUGCCGUCUGUCAAGUGGCGCAAGGGCGUUGAUCAGGAUUUAACGCCGGAAAAUGAUGUCCCCGUUGGGCGGAACGUGCUGGAGCUGACUGACAUACGAGUCAGCACUAAUUACACCUGCAUCGCUCAAUCGUCCCUCGGUGUCAUUGAAGCUACCUCGCUGGUCAAAGUUCAAUCAUUACCAGCUGCGCCCACGGACGUCACAAUUUCGGAAGUAACUGCUACGCAGGUUCGGCUCGAGUGGUCUUACAAAGGGCCAGAAGAUCUGCAGUAUUACGUUAUACAGUACAAGCCAAAGAACGCAAAUCAGGCGUUCAGUGAGAUCAGUGGCAUUAUUACGAUGUUCUACGUCGUACGAACGCUCAGUCCGUACACCGAGUAUGAGUUCUAUGUUAUUGCAGUGAAUAAUAUUGGCCGUGGUCCACCGUCGUUGCCAGCCACUACGACCACCGGGGAGACAGGCGAUUCCGCUUAUGGAGGUUCCAAAAUGGAAAGUGCUCCAAGGAACAUCGAAGUGAAGCCGUUAAGCUCGUCGACAAUGCUUAUUACGUGGGAACCACCUGAGACUCCUAAUGGACAAGUUACCGGAUACAAAGUGUACUACACCACCAACCCAAACCAGCCCGAAGCAUCGUGGGACUCUCAGAUGGAAACCAACGAUAUGACGACCAUUUCUGAGCUGACUCCUCAUGCUAUCUACACUAUACGGGUACAAGCAUUUACCUCUAUGGGUGCUGGUCCCUUGUCCAACCCGGUUCAAGUUAAAGCUCAACAAGGCGUUCCCUCACAACCAAGCAACUUUCGGGCUACCGAUGUCGGUGAAACAGCUGUCACCCUGCAAUGGUCCCGGCCAACUCACUCGGGCGAGAACAUCGUACACUACGAGCUGUACUGGAAUGACACUUAUGCAAACGAGCAGCAUCAUCAACGAAUUCCGAACACCGAGACCUACACGCUGAGCAGCUUGUACCCGGACACACUGUACUACUUCUGGCUGUCGGCCCGGUCCCAGCGUGGCGAAGGUGCCACCACUCCGCCGAUCCCGGUGCGAACCAAACAGUACGUACCCGGUGCACCGCCCCGUAAUGUAACUGUCGAAGCCACAAGUCCAACCACUAUCAACGUGUCAUGGCUGCCACCACCGGUCGAACGAUCGAACGGCGCCAUAGUUUAUUAUAAGGUGUUCUUCGUCGAGGUUGGACGAUCAGAUAGCGAGGCCACGGUAACCACCCUCAACUCUACUAGCAUCGUCCUGGACGAGCUAAAGCGUUGGACCGAGUACAAGAUUUGGGUUCUAGCCGGUACCUCCGUUGGUGACGGACCCCGAUCGUACCCGUACACAGUACGCACUCAUGAAGACGUGCCUGGCGACCCACAAGACGUUAAGGCAAGCCCCGUCAAUUCGACCACCAUCUACGUGACGUGGAAACCGCCGAAGGAGAAAAACCGUAACGGCAUCAUCCGGGGCUAUCACAUACACGUGCAGGAAAUGAAGGAAGAGGGUAAGGGACUGUUGAACGAACCGAUGAAGUUCGAUGUCGUAGAUGGAUUGGAGUACAAUGUGACAGGGCUACAGCCGGAUACGAAAUAUUCGGUCCAGGUGGCCGCUCUAACGCGCAAAGGGGAUGGUGAUCGCAGUGCUCCCAUAUCGGUAAAAACACCCGGCGGCGUGCCGAUCAGGCCGACGGUCACGCUCAAGAUUCUAGAGCGCGAUCCGACCGUAUCGAUCGAGCUCGAAUGGGAACGGCCCCGACAGACGUACGGUGAGCUGCGAGGAUAUCGCGUACGGUGGGGCGUCCGCGAGCAGGCCUUGAACGAGGAGAUACUGCAGGGAACGCAACUGAACGUGAAACGCAUCAACGAUCUGGAGCGGGGGGUGGAGUACGAGUUCCGAGUGGCCGGCAUGAACCAUAUCGGCAUCGGGCAGGAAGCGGUCAAACAUCUGCAAACACCCGAAGGCUCUCCGACCGGUCCGCCGACCGGUAUAGCCGUCCGAUUCCAAACGCCCGACGUGGUGUGCAUUACCUGGGAACCACCGACGCGCGAGCAUCGGAACGGCCAAAUUACCCGGUACGAUGUGCAGUUCCACAAGAAGAUUGACCACGGGCUGGGCACGGAGCGGAACACUACGGUGCGCAAGGCCGUGUUUACGAAUCUGGACGAAAGCACCGAGUACAUCGUGCGGGUACGGGCGUACACUAAGCAGGGCGCUGGGCCGUUCAGCGAGAAGGUCGUCAUUGCGACGGAGCGCGAUAUGGGGCGGGCUCCGUUUUCGGUGCAAGCCGUCGCGACGUCCGAGCAGACGGUGGAAGUUUGGUGGGAACCGGUACCGUCCAGGGGCAAAUUGGUGGGGUACAAAAUUUUCUACACCAUGACCGCGGUCGAAGAUUUAGACGAGUGGCAGACGAAGGUGGUCGGCGUGACCGAGUCGGCCGAUCUGAUCAAUCUGGAAAAGUUUGCCCAGUACGCGGUCGCCAUUGCCGCGAUGUACAAAACGGGACUCGGCAAGCUGAGCGAGAAAGCGACGGUCAAGGUGAAGCCGGAGGAUGUCCCGCUGAAUCUGCGUGCGCACGAUGUUAGCACACACUCGAUGACGCUCAGCUGGGCGCCUCCGAUACGGAUGAACCCCAUCAACUACAAGAUAUCGUUCGAUGCGGUGAAAGAGUUUGUCGAUUCGCAGGGCAUCUCGCAGAAGCAGAUCCUGCCGAGGAAGGAAAUCAUACUGAAGAGUCACGUCAAGUCGCACACCAUCAGCGAACUGUCGCCGUUCACGACCUACUUCGUGAACGUGAGUGCGGUCCCGACCGACUACUCGUACAAGCCGCCGGCAAAGAUCACGGUCACGACACAGAUGGCAGCCCCGCAGCCGAUGGUGCAGCCCGACUUUUACGGCGUCGUGAACGGGGAGGAAAUUCAGGUCAUACUGCCGCAAGCAUCGGAAGAGUAUGGUCCCAUCUCACACUACUACCUGAUUGUCGUGCCCGAGGACAAGGCGAACCUGCACAAAAUACCGGACCAAUUCCUUACCGAGGAGCUGCUGCCAUCGCGCCCCAAGCUGGACCGUCUGAACGCACCGUACAUUGCGGCCAUGUUCCUGCAGCGCAACAUUCCGUACACGUUCCAUCUCGGCUCGGGUGAAACGAAUCACAAUUUUACCAACAAAAAGCUCGAACGAGGAAAGCGGUAUCGCAUUUUUGUACGUGCCGUUGUCGAUACGCCCCAGAAGCAUCUGUACACGUCGAGCCCGUUCUCCGAGUUUCUAGCGCUGGACAUGAAAGAGGCUCCGACCGGCGAACCACCCCAUCGUCCCAAUCCCAACGUUCCGCAGGAUACGGAAAUUAUCAUUCGUGGCAAAAAUGAAGAGCCGGGCAUGCUUUGGGUCGUUGGACCGAUCAUUGCCGCGCUGGUGCUGUCGGUCUGCUUCCUCGUGGUGUACUUUGUGCGCCGUCGCCGACAGCCUUGCAAGGCACCGGACCAGGCCGCCGUUACGCGACCACUGAUGGCAGCCGAUUUGGGUGCUGGGCCCGCCCCGACCGAUCCGGUGGACAUGCGGCGAAUCAACUUCCAAACGCCGGGCAUGAUAAGCCACCCACCGAUCUCGAUUGCCGAGCUGGCCAACCAUGUCGAGCGGCUGAAAGCGAACGAUAAUCUGAAAUUCUCGCAAGAGUACGAAAGCAUCGAGCCGGGCCAACAGUUCACCUGGGAUCACUCCAACAUGGAGGUGAACAAGCCAAAGAACCGCUACGCAAACGUCACCUCCUACGAUCAUUCACGGGUAAUCUUACCCCCGAUCGAGGGCGUGCCGGGAUCGGAUUACAUCAAUGCGAACUACUGCGACGGGUAUCGGAAGCACAAUGCGUACGUGGCCACGCAAGGGCCGCUGCAGGAAACGUUCGGUGACUUUUGGCGCAUGUGCUGGGAACUGAAGUCGUCCACGAUCGUCAUGAUGACGAGGCUGGAGGAGCGAUCGCGCAUCAAGUGCGACAUGUACUGGCCGGCCCGGGGCACCGAGGUGUACGGGGCCAUGACGGUGACAAUCACGGAAACGCAGGAGCUGGCGACGUACUCGAUCCGCACGUUCCAGAUCUACCGCAACGGUAGCAACGAACGGCGCGAGAUCAAGCAGCUACAGUUUACGGCCUGGCCGGAUCACGGCGUACCGGACCAUCCGGCACCGUUCCUGCAGUUCCUGCGCCGCACCAAGUCGCUCACGCCAUCGGAAUCGGGCCCGAUCAUCGUCCACUGUUCGGCCGGAGUGGGCCGCACCGGUUGCUACAUCGUGAUCGAUUCCAUGCUCGAGCGCAUGAAGUACGAGAAAACGAUCGACAUCUACGGGCACGUGACGUGUUUGCGAGCGCAGCGCAACUACAUGGUACAGACGGAGGAUCAGUACAUCUUCAUCCACGAUGCGCUGCUGGAGGCGGUCAUCUGCGGCAGUACGGAGGUGCCCGCCCGCAGCCUGCACAAUCACAUCCAGAAGCUGAUGCAAACGGAGCCGCACGAGAACAUUACCGGGAUGGAGAUGGAGUACAAGAAGCUGUCGAACGUGAAGGCCGAUUCGACGCGGUUCGUCACGGCCAACCUGCCCUGCAAUAAGCACAAAAACCGCCUGGUCCACAUUUUGCCGUACGAAUCGUCCCGUGUCUGCCUGACACCGAUCCGAGGAGUCGAGGGAAGCGACUACAUCAAUGCUAGUUUGGUUGAUGGCUAUCGGUAUCGAAACGCUUACAUUGCCGCCCAAGGACCUCUACAAGAAACGGCCGAAGACUUCUGGCGAAUGCUCUGGGAACACAACUCAACCAUCGUGGUUAUGCUAACCAAAUUAAAAGAAAUGGGACGGGAAAAAUGCUUCCAAUACUGGCCUCACGAGCGUUCGGUGCGCUAUCAGUGCUACGUGGUGGAUCCGAUCGCCGAGUACAACAUGCCGCAGUACAAACUGAGAGAGUUCAAGGUGACGGAUGCGCGCGACGGCUCGUCCCGCACGGUGCGCCAGUUCCAGUUCAUUGACUGGCCGGAACAGGGCGUACCAAAGUCGGGCGAAGGUUUUAUCGACUUCAUUGGCCAGGUGCACAAAACAAAGGAACAGUUCGGCCAGGAUGGUCCGAUUACGGUACAUUGCAGUGCGGGCGUCGGUCGCACUGGCGUCUUUAUCACGCUCAGCAUCGUGCUGGAGCGGAUGCAGUACGAGGGUGUGCUGGACGUAUUCCAAACGGUGCGAAUACUGCGCUCCCAGCGACCGGCAAUGGUACAGACCGAGGAUCAAUAUCAGUUUUGCUAUCGUGCUGCGCUGGAGUAUCUCGGUUCGUUUGAUCACUACGCCACCUAAGAGACCUAAACGACCCCUCUGGCAAGCGUGGCAAAUUGGAGCGAUGGCAUCGAAGAUCCACAAUCCACACACACACGCGCGCUGCAAAUCGUUAACGAGCGAGGUUGGUGUUUUAUUGUUGCAUCGCCAUAUUUUAUCACUUAUUGACGCGUAACUAGCAAUCAACCAACAACGGUUUUACCAACAAGUAGGGCGACAGUACAAGCAUCAUCCCCUUUUUCCUCCAACGCCGUUUAAUGAUUUUAUUCAAACCAAACCUCCCCCCCCCCAUCCCUUCCCAGGAAGCCUCCAAUUGCCAUUUUUCUAUCGGAAAUGAUCCACGCCCAAACGCAUGGAAUGUGUUUGUUGAGUGUGGGCGUAUGUAUGUAAUUUUAUAGCCCCCUUUCGACGAAACUGUGUAACUCUUUCUCUCUCUGAUAAGAUUUAGAAGAAUUUUCAAAAUUCGAUUAUACUCAACUAUUCUAGGAAACUCAAUAGCCAACCACAGACAAGCUAUGGAUCGGAUCGUAAUAAUCCUCUCUCUAGUAAGCAAUUAAAACAAAAACAAAACAGCUACCUAGCUUAAUUUCCUACCAAAACUUUAUAAUUAAGCAACUGUUCGACGCUACUGUCUCACAUCAAUAAUGAUGGCGUCGACGGAACGGGAGACGAUCGAAACCAUCGGACACGACAGACAAGAAAUGCAUCGCAUUCGCACAACAGAAGUGAACAGAACAGAUUAAAAUAGAACAUAUUUGAAGACAAAAAAACCAAAUUUCACACUAAAACUAAAACUAAUAUGAAAAUUAAAGUUUAACCUAGCGAGUCGACAAAUCCGUGGUCGGCCGUAGUACGUACUAAACACUCACCCAAACAUCACAAUCAUUACUGCCAUUUAGUGUGUGUUACUGCGGGGAUCAGAGGGAGGUGUAUUUCAAGGUGGGGCACCAACCAGGGAAGCGAAACGAAACUUCAUCAAUCGGUCGAAUAAUACGUCCGUACAUUUACCGAUUGCAUUAUGUUCCUUUUUUCCACGUUUUUUUUUUUUUUCAAAAACCAAAAAGAUCCUGCGUUCGGACCCAAUGAAGGCUGCAAUGUAUGAUCAUUGAUCAUUGCCCACGAUUUUGUUUGCCACGUAAUCACUAACAAAUGCUUGUUCAUAAUUUAGGGCUUAUUCUCUAAAGAGUACUUUCCAAGUAGAAAUUGUUCGGCAAAGUGGACAGACGCGAGAGCACCGGUUUGAUUCAGCAUUGGUGUAGAGGCCAUACUCUGUUCUUGUUGUGUACAACGCUCGGCAUAACGGCUAAAACAACAGAAAGAAAAAAAUGAUGCUAUUAGUGUAAGCUUGCUACUACUUGCUAGCGAAGUCAAAAUGAAACAUCAAACGGUCAGACUGAUAUUAUUAGCGUAUCACUUGAAAGGCAUGCACGUAUCAGACGUUUGGGUAGGGGAGAGUGAAGGAAGCAAACAGCGGGAGAACACACUGGUAAAGAAAACGGUAAGAAUGCAAACUACUACUAUUCGAGUAGCAACUAAUCUAUAUAGCAUUACAUUCUAAAAACAAAACAAAUACAACUAAAAAGGGUGAAACGGAAACGGCACUGGGUUCUUGUCCUUGGGAUCACCGUUGCACCGUUGCUCGCGGACUCGAGAGCGGACAUAAGGAUGAGAAACGCAAACAUAAUCGAAUAGCGCGGAAACAUUGACUGUAUUCAUAUACCGGCAUCAAAGCGCUCCCACCCCGGCGGUAGUACUGGUACACGUGGGUGGAUCGCCAGUACGGAGCGUUGUUGCUACUAUGUAAGAUGGAACACGUUGAUUCAAAGAGACUUGGCUAAUGAUUUGACUUUUAAACAUAAAACGCAUACUCAAUUAGGUAUACACAAGUAGCUGGGGGG